GCCAGAUACCCACCAGGGGGAAGAGGAGAAAAAGGCCAGAGAGGCUGCCCCGAGUCAGGGAAGCAGUGUCAGGUUUCAAACUCCGCACCAGCCAUUCAGAGAGCAGCGAUGCCAGGGGCCCGCCUUGGGUUGCUGGUCUGCGUCCUGGCCCUGUGCUGUGUGGUCAGAGCCUAUCCCAACGCCUCCCCACUGCUCGGCUCCAGCUGGGGUGGCCUGACCCACCUGUACACGGCCUCAGCCAGGAACAGCUACCACCUGCAGAUCCACAAGGAUGGCCACGUGGACGGCACACCCCAUCAGACCAUCUACAGUGCCCUGAUGAUCAGAUCAGAGGACGCUGGCUUUGUGGUGAUAACUGGAGUGAUGAGUAGGAGAUACCUCUGCAUGGACUUUAGAGGCAACAUUUUUGGAUCCCAUCACUUCAGCCCCGAGAGCUGCCGGUUCAGCCAGCAGACGCUGGAGAACGGCUACGACGUGUACCACUCGCCGCAGCACCGCUUCCUCGUCAGCCUGGGCCGGGCCAAGAGGGCCUUCCUGCCGGGCACCAACCCGCCGCCCUACUCGCAGUUCCUGUCGCGGAGGAACGAGAUCCCGCUCUUCCACUUCAACACGCCCGCGCCGCGCCGCCACACGCGCAGCGCCGAGGACAACUCGGCGGCCGACCCGCUGGUCGUGCUGAAGCCCGUGCCGCGCCUGACGCCCGCGCCCGCCUCCUGCUCCCAGGAGCUGAGCAGCGCCGAGGACAACAGCGUGGCGGCCCACGACCCGCUCGGGGUGGUGCGGAGCAGCAACAGGGUGAACUCGCACGCGCCGCCCCCAGGUCCGCCUAGGACCCGCAAAGGAAUGCUUCUCGUACCUUUCAGAAACGCACGCAGCCUUUAAAGCAGCGGUUCUCAACCUGUGGGUCGAACGACCCUUUCACAGGGGUCGCCUAAGACCAUCGGAAAACACAUGUAUAAUUACACAUUGUUUUUGUGAUUAAUCACUAUGCUUUAAUUAUGUUCAAUUUGUAACAAUGGAAGCGGGGGUCACCACAACAUGAGGAACUGUAUUAAAGGGUCGCGGCAUUAGGAAGGUUGAGAACCACUGCAAGGGACAGCCCCCUGUACACGCCAAGGAAGGGGAGGUGGGGCGAUGGUGUGUGCAAUUAGCCGCUUCUCUCCAUUUCCUUCCCUAGGAAAGCCCCUGAGAACCUGCCUUCGAGGCCUGAGAAAAGGGGCUCCGCUGCCUUCCUCGACCCACCUAAACCACCUUUCUGAAUUCAGCCCCAUAGGUAAAAUCGAAAUUUCCGCUUCACUGAGGAGAGAAAGGAUUUUUCCCUUCUCUGGUUUUCCUUCCAUAUAGACGCCUCUUCUUAAUCAGUUUAGCGCUAAAAUCAAAGCUACAAUUUAGUGAGCUCACGGCUCUGCAGGUGAAGGAAGAGUCAAUGCCAGCGGUCUUCUCCUCUGUCCCUUGCAUUUGUUACCUUGGCCCUGUUGGCAUUCGAAUUUGUAACCUUGACCCAGGCAGGGUAGUAACAGCCGAACUGGGCAAAUGAAUGGGAACCCUAAUCCCAAGCCUUUGUUCUUCCUUGAGCAUCUCUGGAGAACAGCUGUCAAAAAGAUGGGUGGAAGCCGGUCAGAACCUCACCAGAAUGCUCAGAGAACUGAGGCAGAAAUCAAGCUAGAAAACUCCAGCUGCCCGGGCCGGCGCCCCUGGCCAUGCUCUCUAAGCAGGCAGAGCCAGAGGGCCGGGAAGCACCCUGCUCGGCUCCCAGGCACAGCCUGGCCUCUGGCCCAGUCUUCGGCUCCAGUGAACUGGGCCUGAGGAAGAGCCCUGGUACCGGCUCUGGAAAAUCUAGCCUGCUAGGAUUUGUUUUUCAAAAUGGAAAUAAAUUCAAACUCUCCUAAGAGGCAUUUCACCAAGCCUCUACUUCCAGGUCCAGUGGCAAUCCAUUCUGGAUGGAUUAUAAAAAUGUCACAGGGAAGGGAGGGGUCCUGAGACAAUGGGGCUGCUCUGGGCGAGGUUCUCUGUAUUCUGGUAAAUUCUGUCCUCUGAGUGAAGUGGCAUCAAGGACCUGGGGAAAGCAAAGUCCAAUAGCCAGGGCACCUCAGUGAAGGAGUUAGGAAAAGUCCACAUUGCCAGCUCUUCAUACGAUCUCUACCACCCAAUAGCAGUGGCUGGGGGCUGGUUAAAACACUCCCAGGCUGACAAGUCUGGGUCUUAAUCCACUUUGGAAAUCAGGGGGGGGGGGGGGCGGGCAUUAAAUGAAGACAGCUUUCAGGCCAAGGAGCCCCAAUACUACCAUGGGGAAAACCAAACCUCACAGCCGAGGAGCACCAGACAGUGGGAUGGCUGCUCAGUCCUCACUCUAGCCUUA